GGUUUAUAUCUUGCAUAAGAUUGAUAUGCCCCCACCCCCCCCCCCAUCGCUCAUUGCAAAUGUUAUAAUUAUUGAUCAACGUGAAGGCCCGGUCUCACUAUGAUGCCGGUGGAGCCCCGGUGCGUGAUCCGGGAUCUACCGGGAUGAACAGGGGCUCUACCGGUAUGAACAGGGGCUCCACCAGGGACGACCGGGGACAACCGGGGCUCCACCGGGAAAGUAUUAAACUAUUUAAUACCUCCGGGAUGAACCGGGAGUAACCGAGAAGGACCGGCAACGACUGGCGCGGCACGGGGAAAAAUCGGGAUGGCACCGGGAACAACCGGGACGGCACCGUAGCUCCACCGGGGCCCAUACAGACCCCGGCAGAGCUACGGCAACGCACCAGUUGUCGCCGGUGGUGCCAAGGUGGAGUCCCGGCUAACGCCGGCAGAGUCCCGGUAUAGCUACGGUACAUCGGUAAAUCGGCGCUCUGCCGGGACGCCACCGACAUUCACCGGGGCUCCGCUGGGGCAUUACCGGCGACGACCGUGGUUAAACCGGGGCGUUGCCGUAGCUCUGCCGGCGUCUGAUGCCAGUAUAGCCCCGGUGAGUGCCGGCGGAGUUACGGUAUACCGGGGCUCUGCCGGGAUGCUGCCGGCUUUCACCGGGGCUCCAUAGGGGCAUUAUAUUGCGCUCGCUUUUGAAAGUAAUUUAGGUAUUUUAAAUGUUUCCGCUCUAUUUACCCUAUUCUGACUGGUUGUGUGGUUUAUAUAUCGUAUUUCUAAUAGGCCCAAACACCAAACAAGACAAUAUAUUUACAAAAGACAAUAUGGUAACAUAAAUGCUAUCUUUUAAUUUUGAUAAUUAUUGUUUUAUAUGCAAAGUUCAGACGUGCAUAAACUAUUCAUUCUGCAUAUCUUUUAUUCCACCAUCAGCAUUCUUAAUAUUGCACAGUAUACUUACACUUUGCAAUAUGCAUUUAACUGUAUACAUGUCAAGUAUGUAAGAUAUAUAAGGCAAUCGUAUCCUGUAAUUUAGAGUAGAAACUUAAACUUAACCCAAAAAUCAUACCUUCAAUAUUAGAAAGCGGUAUUAAUAACGUUAUGUCAGUGGACAUGUAAUUGCUCUGAUGUGUUUGUUUGUCAUAAAAAUGUCAUCAAUAAUUGAAAACUAGAAAUCCUAAUAAACCUUUAUACGCUAUAAUCGUUAGCGACCGAGUAUCUUUAAAACAGAGCAAUGUUGACUGCGUUUUUGGAAAAUAAUGUGCAUAGAUUUUUAAAAAAAUAUAUAUAUACCAUUACAUCACGUGAGUCUAGUUGAUUCUCAACGGAUUAAAUCGAAAAUAACAAAUAAGACAUAGUAAACAGGAAAAAUAAUGACUUGUGAACUUUUACAAUCCCUGUACUAUCUUGCCCAACCUGAACGCAGCCGGCUGAUUGUCGCUGGCAUAUUUCUAUCCGACGGUCGGGCGGCCCUAGUUGACCGGAAAAACUCGGUCCUCAUCGUCACUGACAUUGACCAAGAGACGUACGAAGAGGUAAACCUGCUGACGAUUCUUCCGGAAGAGUACCAUUGCGCUACAGACACGGCUGCUUCCGGAUAUGAAGUCAAGUCGUUUGCAAAGAAAGGCGCCAGAAAUGCAUUACAUGUCGAUUCCGCGCUUCCGCAGCCUUCCGACGUGAAUCGGUGUCCCGGAAGUGACAACAUGCUCGUUGUGACCUUCACCUGCCCCGACCAUUCGAUCGCUGUUAAGUGUGAGCUGCAUUUGGAGAAAGGAGCGUCGCUCGCAAGCCGCCUAUUGAGGGUAUUACACGUCCGUAUCAGCGACCGAACACGGACUGUUGUAUCGCUUUCAGACGGCGUCUUCAUUGCGUCUACGCCAGAUAACGUCGUCGUUCUAUCUGAAAUAGGGGAUGAUCUUGGCAUGCACAGACGGGAAAAGAGGGAUCGAGGCGGACUGCUCAUGACAGACGGUCAUGACAAGGUGUAUUUUGGUGACGGUAACUUCUUCGUCGGUUGCAGAUGGUCCGGGAACUUCUUGCAAGAAAUGUUUCGGUUUCAGCACAAACGAAUGAAGUUUCCCAGAGGGUCGGCUAUAGACGAAAAAGGCUGCAUACUGGUCUGUUGCGAGGACUCGCACAACAUUUUCCGCCUGAACGCCGAUGGAUCACGUGGUGAAGUUAUUUACUUCGAUGGGAGCAAGAAAUUUGGUGACGUAGACAUACAUCCCGACGGCCGUCGCUUUUUGGUAACCUUUUGGACGGAAAACGCAUGGCCUUUGAUCUUUCGACAGAAUGCUUAGAUUUAUUGCCCCAAGCUUUUAACGGGUGAUACGUUAAGCAUGAAAUACGGAAACGAUGCAUCAUGUGUUUUUAUACCGGGUAUAUACAGUCUUAUUUUACGUAAUAAAACUAGUUUAUAUUCGCCUCUAGUAAAAAAUCGAUCGAAAUUAUCUUAUAAUCAAAUUUAGGAGUUUAAUUUAAUCAUAAAAAACACUGCAAUGCUUUUUCCUAUAAGUGUGUGUGUGUGUGUGUGUGUGUGUGUGUGUGCUUCUUCUAAUUUGUUUUAAAUUGUCAUUUUGUACUUUUUUAAUAAAUAUGUUUGUUAAACAGCCAGCGUGUAAAUCUCCCAGUAGAUAUAUUGGGCAUGCGACCAACAAUAUUUUUGUUGAAGAAAUAUAUUUAUAGAUCUGUCAUUUAAACUAUAGCUCACUCAACUGUGUCAGCGUUUGACACAUUCUCAUAGAAGUGCUAGUAUCACAUUUUUAGAAAAUACAUGUAAUAACCAUA